AUGCGCAAGCGGAACCUGUCGGCGAGCUGGAAGCUUUCGCAGACGCUUCUCGGCGAGGGAGAGGAGGACGAGCCGCCCAUCCUGGAGGAGCUCGGGAUCAACUUUUCGCACAUCGUCUCCAAGACGCGCGCGGUGCUGUGGCCGCGCCGGUCCAAGCUCGACCAGGAGGCGACCGACAGCGCCGGACGCUGCGGGCGACACGUGAUCGACGACUCGGACUUUGCGGGCCCGCUCAUCUUUUGCUUUGCGCUGGCGGCGGUGCUGCUGCUCAAGGGCAAGGUCCAGUUCUCGUACAUAUACGUCGUGUUUGUGACGGGCCUGCUCGCGCUUUGGGCGGUGCUCAACCUCAUGUCAAUGAAGGGUAUCGACAUCUACCGCACCGCCUCCGUCCUCGGCUACUGCCUGCUGCCGAUCGUGCUGCUCGCCGCCCUCUCGCUCCCGCUCGACCUGACCGGCGCGUGGGGGGCGCUCUUCGUGCCGCUGACGGUGUUUUGGUGCUCCAACGCCGCCGCCCUCUUCUUCGUCAUCAUCCUGCAGGCGGACGACCAGCGGUGGCUCCUCCUCUAUCCCGUGAUGCUCUUCUACACCGGCUUCGCCCUCAUCACCAUCUUUUGA